AUGCUGAAGUCACUCUUUUCCUAUGCUUUAUUUUUAUUACUCGCCAAAGUUAAUGCUGUUUUUGAUGCAGAUUCGAAGCAGAACGUGGCGCUUUAUUGGGGUCAAAAUUCCGCUGGCACUCAGCAAUCACUUGGCAGCUACUGUGAAUCGUCAGACGCUGACAUAUAUCUACUUUCCUUUUUAUAUCGGUUUCCCACCAUUGGUUUAGAUUUUGCAAACGCUUGCUUUGAGACCUUCUCAGACGGGACUUUACAUUGUUCACAGAUUGCCGAGGAUAUUAAGACCUGUCAAUCUUUAGGAAAAAAAGUUUUUCUAUCUAUGGGCGGUGCUUCUGGUGCAUAUGGAUUUGCUGACGACAAUUCUGCCAGGGAUUUUGCCCAAGUGCUUUGGAAUACUUUCGGUGAGGGCAGCGGUUCUGAAAAACGUCCGUUUGACGAUGCUGUCCUUGAUGGGUUUGAUCUCGACAUCGAAAACAAUAAUCCUACAGGUUACGCUGCUCUAGUGGAUGAAUUGAGAUCGCUUUUCCCUCAAGGCUCCAAACAGUAUUAUAUCAGCGCAGCACCUCAAUGCCCGUACCCUGAUGCCUCUGUCGGAAACGCAAUGCAGAAUGCUGACAUCGAUUUCGCAUUUAUUCAAUUCUACAACAACUACUGUAAUGUUGAUAGAAUGUUCAACUGGGACACAUGGAUUGAGUAUGCUCAAACGGUGUCGCCAAACAAAAAUAUCAAGUUGUAUUUAGGUUUACCGGGCGCGGCAACAGCGGCUGGUAGUGGUUACAUUUCGGAUUUAUCUUUGGUAAAGAAAACCAUUCAAGAUAUUUCUUCCAGUGAAUAUUUUGGUGGUAUCGCUAUGUGGGACGCUUCUCAAGCUUUUAGCAACCAGGUUGAUGGUGAAUCUUACGUUGCUCAAAUUAAAAACAUUUUGGAGGACAAUACACAAGACAGUCAGGCGACGUCAACAGAUGUUACAUCUACUCUGGUCCCAACUUCUUCAAGUAAGAAUCUGAAUAGCGGAAGUACAUUUUCAGAAGCAAGCUCUACUACCAGCGACACCUCCACCGAACCAACUAGAACAACUUUUUCCAGUGCGGCGCAGGUGACAGUCUCCGCCUCUACUGCUGCUAGCAGUUCCAGCACCUUCUUAGCAGCUUCCUCAAGCAGCAGUGGUGGUAAGACUACUUUGGCUCCCAGUGAGCCAACUUUGACUUCUACAUCGGACAGCUCGGCGCAAACAAGAACGUUAUCCCCCUCUUUCUCUAGUUCAGCUGCUUCAUCUCCCGCACACGAUGCUGCUCAACAAUUGAAUGCACAAUAUGCUGCUGGUAAGUAUAACGGUGAAUCCUCAUGCACUUCAGGACAAAUUGCAUGUGCCUCAAGCGGUGAAUUCGCCAUAUGUAAUUUCGGUUCAUGGGUUAAUAUGGCUUGCUCAGCAGGUACGACAUGUUAUGCAUACGAUGAUGGUUCGACGGUCACAACGGGCUGCAACUUCGCCAAUUUGAAGUCCGAUUAUGUUGAUUGA